UCGGGGGGGACGGUGUACUUCUGGGAGACGGGAUAAACGGGAAAGUGCGGAGCUGCUACUGCUGCUGUGACACGUCACUCCCUGGACCUGGUCAUAACCUACGGCCUGUCCCUGGGUGCAUGCUCUGUUGUGGACCUGGCUGUGUUUGACCAUUUCUGCGCGUUUUUUAACAUCACCAGUUUUAACCAGCGGGAGGCCCCAGUGAGAACGAAUUCAGCCGCACGCAUGCUGACGAGGACCAGAGGGCGGGAGCACAUUACACCUGUUUUAAAAUCACUGCAUUGGCUCCCCGUGCACUUCAGAAUCGAUCUUAAGGGGGCUGCACGAUGGAGAGUACGGACGUUCUGACUAUAGUGAGCUCCGCUGAAAAGUCCAACCGCUUUUAUGUCGUGAGCUGGACCAACAACGUCCUGAAGACAAACUUCACAGAUGUGCGAGAGAUGGGUUCAGGCUCCUGUCACUGUCAGAUCAUGGACCGCAUUUUCCCUGGAUCUGUAGACAUGGCCAAGGUGAAGUUUGGUACGCAUGAGGACGAUUACAAGCAUAACUUCAGUCUACUCCAUGAAGCCCUCAGCAAGAAGGGUAUUACAAGGGACAUUCAGGUGGAGAAGCUCAUAGCAGGGGAUUUUAAAAGCAACUUGGAAUUAAUCAAAUGGUUCAAAGUCCUCUAUGCAGCAAAUAUGAAAGACAAAGAGUCCACCCCGGCGAAGGCUCAAGACAGCGAGGACGUCACCCCGAUUUCCACCCCCUCUAAUGAUUGGAACUCUAAAUCAGACUCAGACACGGAAAAGAAUGGCAUCGUGCGGCCAACUAACCGAUUUCCUUACACAGAAAAGUGGAAGGAUGCUUUUGCUUGGGCCGAUCGUAGUACUCUUGGAGAGCAACAUACGUACUGCUCCAGUUGUCACAAUAACCUCAGCACAUAUUCUAAAGGCAUGGCUGAACUUGAGCGACACGGGCUGACAAAUAAACACCAGAAAAGGGCUGGAAUUGCAAGGGAGGGUGACCCACAAAACCACGUCAGCAAGCCGCUUCCUUACAGCGACGCAGCUGUUCGAUUCAUUCGCAGUCACUCUCAGGGUGGAUCUGCUCCAGGUGAACGGGCCAGGAAAGAUUUUGCACAUUGUAAGGUGGGACUGGAAUACCCCAAAGAUAUCACAUCUGUUUGCCAACACACUCCCUACUGCGUUUACAUUUACGACGGGGUGUCGGUUGGAAAAGACGACACUGCGUCUGUGCUUCUUGUUGGCUUUUUUGACAUUGAAGCCUCCCGUCACUGCAUCCGAUUUCUGGAUGCUUUUCAAUCCGUGGAUGGGUCAGAAGACCAAACGGCCGCAUCAGUCGUGCAGAAAUUCGGGCUGUCCGCAGAUAACCUUGCAGCGGUGUAUGUCAGUGGUACCGGUGCAGCCUCAGAGAAGAUCUGCUCGCAGCUCAGGGAGCUCAGCCCAAACGCCGUAGCCUUAGGGAGCCUGUACUCCAUGGCUGAUGCAGCGUGUCUUGCAGGAGUAAAGCAGCUCUCCGGUCAAGCUCAAGAAUUGUUGGUAGAGCUCGAUGCACACUACGCAUCCUCCUCUACCAAGAAUGAAAAGCUCAAAGCUCUAUUCGGCUCAGACAACAGUGAGAACAGCAAACUGUUUCACACCGACACCAGCUGCCUUAGAUUUAGCCUGUUAGUCCCAAAAAUCUUGGAAAUAUGGACAGAUCUCACACUUUACUUCUGCUCUUGCGAUGCAGAUGAUGAGAAGGUGAAGUUAAUCUGCUCCCAUCUAAAGGAUCCCAAAGUCAAGGCAACGUUUCUGUUCCUGGAGCAGGCCUUAAAGCCUCUGCAGACAUUUCAGAGGCAAACGCAGGGAUCUUCUUGGGAUGACAUGGUGCUCAUCCUGGAGGAGGCGAGCUCCCUACUAAGCACGUACACCUCUUACUUCCUUCAACCCCAUGCUGCUGUUUGCUACCUCAGGGACAAUGAUGCUCAUAUCCUUAGAAACAAGAACUCCUACCUCUCAAGUCCUGAUCUCAAUGUGGGCGGGAAUGCUGUGGAGGACUUCCUGAAAGAGGCCGAGGCAGCAGAGGUGCUGCCGCAGUUCCAAGAGGAGGUGUUGUCCUUCUACGUUGCGCUCACGGGUUGCAUCGCAGAGGGUCUGCCUUUGAGUCACAGGCUGAUAAAAAGCAUCGCUGAGCUGCUAAACCCUCAGAAGAGAAUGAAAGUGACAGCGGAAGAGGUGAAGGAGCUUGCGGCCGAGCUGGGAGUCUGCAGCUCCCCGGAGGAGGCCCAGCAGCUCACAAGUGAAUUCUCGGAGACUCAGCCGGCUGAAGAGAGAGACGGCGGAGAGGGAGCGAAUGACAACGCAGCGCCGGUUCCGCUGGAGAAGCACUGGGCCGGCGUACUGGAGAACAGCGAGCCCACCUCUCUCUUCAGGCGGCUCGUUUUGACCCUCUUGUCUUUCCGAUGCCCUCCACUUGAUACCCAGCAAGUUUUCACUCGGGCGGUAGAGAAUGAUGCCGCAGCAGUAUUUUCCGGGAGAACAGCCUCAUCAGAAAGUGACAGCGAUCUUUCUGACUGGUCCAAAAACACCCGCUCACACGUUUACGGUCAAGUGGUGGAUGGCCUUGACACGACGACGAAGCCAUGUGAAGUUCGCCUUGUAAAGAUUAAUACUCCAUUGGAUGGCACAGUUACAGUGAAUGGUACUCCAGACAAGGAGGGGGCAACUAGGGGAGGCUCGGGCUGGGAGAGCAGCUUGCGCAGGACGCCACAAGCCCGUACAGUGUUUCAGGCUGGUGUUGGCCGCUGGUCCAAACCCGUAGGUCUCGCUAAGGACGACCAGAAUGGUCUGGAGUCUAAGGACGAGGUGACCGAAGAAAGAUCACCAUCCAGUAAACCCACACCAACAAGGGGGCGCCCCAAACUGCCGCGAGCGUACCAGGACGGGAAGGGCUUUUUGAUAGGGGAGCUGGUUUGGGGCAAAUUAAAGGGGCUUUCCUGGUGGCCCGGGAUAGUGAUGGCUUGGAAGACCAAGGCUGCUCCCCCAGCCAUGCGGAGGGUGGAGUGGUUCGGAGACGGCAUGUUUUCAGAGCUGCAUACUGAGAAUCUCCUCCCAUUUAGUGCCUUCGCUAGAUGCUUCUGCAAAAAUUCCUUCGCCAGUUUACCUAUGUACAAGGACGCCAUCUACCAAGUCUUUGAGCUGGCAGGUGAACGCUGUCAGAAGUCUUUUCCUGAGGCUAAUGGGGACAAAGAGAAGGAGCUCAAGAAGAUGCUGGACUGGGCUUUGGAGGGAUUUCUGCCCACGGGGCCUGAUGGAUUUGCAACCCCUGGUUCAAUUCGAAAUCAGGAGUCUUCUGAAAGCUCCUUGUCUGAUUACCAGCCCCGGGCUAAAAGGAAAUAUGUCUUUAAAAACAGGGCAAGUGCAAUUAUCAUCAAAUACAACAGAGACGUCCUAAUAGAAAAGCUCAAAGAGGAAUGCUAUAGUAUUGAAGAUUUUUGCUUGUCUUGUGGAUCAUCUGAGAUUGAUGUGGCGCACCCGCUGUUUAAGGGGGGUCUUUGUAGUAAAUGCAAGGUGAACUUCUCAGAGACGCUGUAUCGCUACGAUGAAGACGGAUACCAGUCGUACUGCACCGUGUGCUGCGCAGGUUCAGAGGUCAUUCUGUGUGACAACAUCAGCUGCUGCAGGUGUUUCUGUAAGGACUGUCUGGACAUCCUGGUGGACAAGGGAACCUUUGACAAGCUGAAAGAAGUCAACCCGUGGAGCUGCUUCAUGUGCGAGCCGUCAAAGUGCGCAGGCAACCUCCAGCUCAGGCCGGAGUGGAGCGCUAAGGUUCAAGACUUCUUCGCCAACAACGGCAACAUGGAGUUUGAGCCUCACAGAAUUUACACCUGUAUCCCGGCCAACGAGCGCCGGCCCCUCAAGGUCCUCUCGCUUUUUGAUGGGAUAGCUACAGGAUAUCUGGUGCUCAAAGAUCUGGGCUUCAAGAUCCAGCGGUACCUGGCCUCGGAGAUCUGCUACGACUCCAUCGCCGUGGGGAUGGUCAAGCACGAGGGGAAGAUUGAAUACGUCAAUGAUGUUCGCACCAUCACCAGGAAACACCUGGCUGAAUGGGGUCCUUUUGAUCUCCUGAUCGGUGGCAGUCCCUGCAACGACCUGUCCAUGGUCAACCCUAAUCGGAAAGGAUUGUUUGAGGGCACUGGAAGACUGUUUUUUGAGUUCUACCGCAUACUCACCUUGUUGAAGCCCAAGGAGGAGGACAACCGGCCGUUCUUCUGGUUGUUCGAGAACGUGGUUUUUAUGUCUGCCAACGAUAAAUCCGACAUCUGCCGGUUCCUUGAGUGUAACCCAGUCCUGGUUGAUGCAGUGAAACUCAGUCCUGCUCACAGAGCACGCUACUUCUGGGGAAACGUUCCUGGCAUGAACAGACCUGUUUCCAAUUCCAAGUCUCUCAAUGACAAACUGACUCUCCAGGAUUGUUUGGAAGCUGGACGUCAGGCAAAGUUUGAAAAAGUGCGCACAAUCACAACAAAGCCAAACUCCAUCAGGCAGGGGAAGACGGGGCCACUUCCUGUCUCCAUGAACGGCCAGGAGGAUUACCUGUGGUGCACUGAGAUGGAACAGAUCUUUGGUUUUCCUAAACACUACACGGACGUGAACAACAUGGGUCGAGCGCAAAGGCAGAGAGUCCUGGGUCGCUCAUGGGCUGUCCCCGUCAUCCGUCACCUCUUGGCUCCACUGAAGGAUUAUUUUGAAACUGAGGAGUGACGGUGAAGUGCAUCUUCACAGCAGCGCAGCAGUGGUUAACGUAAUGCCUUAUCAUUCCCUCUUUCUGUCUACUUUUAUGUUUUUCAACAGACAGAACUAAUGUAGGUCCUUUAACUUUUUUGAAUCCUGUGAUUUGUCCGUCAUCCAUGAUCCUCGAUCACCAGGAUGCCAGGUCAGUUUUUUUGGUUUAGUUUUUUCAGGUUUCCUUUGGGAAAUACUGUUACUGUUAAUGGUGCUCAGAACACAGGCCUGUCACAAAGUGAGAGGGGACAUUAGCCCGCCCUCAGGUUUUUAUGGCAUUUCAGACCUAAAUCACUGUUUAGUCACUAUGGCAACAGAGGAUGUUCACUUUGUUGCCUUCACAGUGGCCGCUCAAGGCAGGGCUGGUGCACGUUUGUUGUGGUCCGUGCACGGAUACACCUCUGUGAGCCGGGCUGAGUUUACUUUACAUCAUGAACUUGUGGUGGCUGUGAUGUUGCACACGACUCCCUCCAACAACGCUCAUGUUGCCUUGCUGUUUGAAAGAAACGAGUGAAACUGUGAAAGGAGUUGGUGAAGUGUGGUCGCAGACUUUUUAUCCAUCAAACGUUUCUAACAUUUAAUCUUAAUGACAUUGUAGAAACUUAUAAUUGCACAAAUUGAUUGUAGAUUUUUUUAAACUUGUUAACUGAAGUAUGAAUUUAACACAUGUGGUUUGAUAGAACACAAUGUGGCUGCAGUUAAUAGAUCCCGUCUGUGUGAUAUGAAACUUUCAAACAUCUUUUAAACAUCUGCAACGUCACUGUUUGUUGGUUCCUGACUACCAACCGAGACACCGAGCUCACUUUGUGCUACAGGCCCUGCUCUCUACCUCAACACUGGUUUACUGGUUACAAUCUGCAGUUACAGUUUAGUUUUUUAAUAUUUGCUUAUUUAUGAAUAUCAUGUUUUUACUUCACAUGGUUUGUACUGUAUCCUUUGUAAAUGUAAACCAUACCAGGGAUGUAAUGCUGUCCCUCCAGAUUAGCUCAGCUUUUUUUUUUUUUUAAAUCUCCAUUUUAAUACUUUCACCACCAAUGAUUUUAUGGAAAAUUACCUCAGUGGGUUUGCAUUGGUGCUCACAAUUUAGGUAUUUUAAGGACUGUCAUUUAUAGAGAACAAAAAAAGAUAUUUUGAAUUGAGUCACAGACAAUGAAAUAACAGUUUUACUGACUUGUAAAGUAGGACCGGACCUUAAAGUGCUGUAAUUGUGGUUUUGCACUUUUAAUCCCAUGAAGCAUGUACACUAAAACAUAACGUUAGAAUGUAACAGCAUUGCGUGGAAGCGCAAGAGCAAAAAAAGCUUUGGUGUGAAUUUGGUGCUGAAAAUGAUGUUGUCAAUAUGAUCAGUUCAUCCAGGAAUCAGGAAGGCGCUGAGUAGAUGAACGAUAACUGUGACCCUGCGUUGCUUCCCAGCUGCUUCUCUGGGUUGGUUGAUGUUAUAUACAAAACCACUCAAAGGUUCUGUAACGCUCACUGAGCUUCAGACUCAUCUCAUUUGUUUGAGUUUUUAAUUUUUAUGUGUUAUGAGUUUUUAAUGAAUUUUUUGUGAUUUUUUUCUUCACUUCCUUAAUUCUCUGCAAAUGUGGUCAGUAAUGUUCAGAAGUUUUUAAAUCAUGUUUUUAUGCACAAUUGUUUUUCUCAUAUGCAUCAUGAAAUCUUUAUUCGGGGUCGGUUCAUGUUACCGUAGUUUCAUGUUUCAGUCAGUGUUGCAGAUGCGUACAGGAGGGAAGACAGCAAACAGAUGUUUGCAUGAUUGAUCUGCAGCCACGGUGCUAACUUUGCUGAAAUGAUUUGCAUUUUUUACUUUUACCCCUGACAUCGACUGGCACCUUUUUAAACUAUGUAGUCUUCUUUUCAAUGGUGAUAGUUCAGUUUUUAGUUUCCUGAUGAAAUGAUGUAGAAAGAAUGUUUGUUUUUAUUGGUGGAAAAAAAUGGGGACUUGAUCAAUAAAAGCAUGUC